AAUCCAGUUGAUACAGUAUCGAGGCAAUCGCAACAGACAUUUCUAAGAAGAAAUGUUCACAGUCUCAUCGCUGUAAUACAUCCACAUAUCGGAUCCGAUGCACCCACCAAUGGGGUGUCGCGGCAGAUAAUCGCCAAGAAUAUCCGGACUCCACCGCCCGUACCUACCUUCCCGUACAUUUCAUCAACGGAUUCAGCACCAACAUUCUUUCAGCCUACAUCCUUUUUACACUAUACUCAGCGACGCGUAAAGAGGAGGAGAGUACCCGCUCCCUAUGACCGCUUUCUCCACUUAGUCAUACUGCGGUGCCGUCGCUAGAUCGCCUCAAAACCCCCAACACAUAUAUCCCCCUUGUACUUCCGUUCUGAUCCCUUGUCCUUUUGCCCCUCCUCCCCGUCAUCAUCGUAAUCAUGGCUCCCGACGCUCAGUCGCAAAUCUGCGAUAUAGCCAUCAUUGGUGCUGGCAUAAGCGGUAUCAAUGCUGCUUAUCGUAUACAGGAAAACUUACCUAAUUCGACCUACCUUAUUUUCGAAGGGCGAGAGCUACUUGGGGGUACAUGGACAUUGUUUAAGUAUCCUGGUAUUCGGUCCGAUUCCGACCUUUACACCUUCGGAUUCCCAUUCAAUCCAUGGACAAAACCGAAUCCCAUUGCUACAGGCGAGAGCAUUGUCGAAUAUCUCCACGAAACCGUCGAAAAAUAUGACAUCGACCGGAAAAUUCGCUUCAAGCACAGAGUCAACAGCAUGGAUUGGAGUUCGGAUCAGCAGCGCUGGAGACUCGAUAUAGACCACAAUGGUGUCCAAAAAACAUUUUGGGCAAAGUUCGUAAUCAUGGGCACUGGAUACUAUGAUUACAACAAGGCUCGGGAGGUAAACAUUCCUGGACUGCAGAACUUUCAUGGCCAAACAUUUCACCCGCAAUUUUGGCCCGAGGAAGUAGACUAUACCGACAAGAAAAUCGUCGUCAUAGGAUCGGGUGCAACUGCGAUCACACUUCUCCCUGCUCUUGUCGAGAAUGGUGCCAGCAAGGUCACCAUGCUUCAACGCUCACCCUCAUAUGUUAUGAGUUUACCGCAACCUAAACCCAGCGAUCCUCCACAAUGGCACCAACGAUUUUUUCCUGAAUGGGUCUCUCUCAAGAUCCUGCGCUUCCAGAGUCUCGUCAUCACAACUGUUCUUGUGACAAUGUCGGGCCUGUUCCCUAAGUUUGUGGCCAACAUGCUUCGCAAGCUCGCCAAGUCUGAACUCCCACCAGACUUCAACAUGGACCCGCAUUUCUACCCGUCUUACAAUCCGUUCGAACAGCGCCUUUGUUUCUGUCCUGAUGCCGAUUUCUUCCGCUGCUUCUCCACGGGACGCGCCGACAUCGUCACCGACACCAUCGACGAGGUGACAGAGACCGGGAUUCAGCUCGCCUCCAAGCGCACACUAGAUGCCGACAUCAUCGUCACUGCGACAGGACUGCGUCUCGAAAUCCUGGGGAAAAUCAAGAUUUCUGUUGACAAAGAAGCAUUCCACGUCCCAGACCACUUUGUAUGGCGCAACUGCAUGAUCUCCUCUUUGCCCAACUUCUCGUUCCUGGUUGGAUACACGGACAAUUCAUGGACAUUGGGUUCCGAUGCCUCAGUGCGCCUCGUCUGUCGCGUGAUCAAGAAGAUGGAAGAAUCAGGAUCAUCAUCCACAACACCAGUCAUCACCAAGAAGGAAAUGGUCGGACCGAAGUCCCCGCCCCUGUACCUGCAGAGCACGUACUUUAAAGGCUCCGAGAAGAUCUUUCCCAUGUGCGUCGGGAAUGGGGUCUGGAAGAAGAGGAGAGGGUACUGGACUGAUUGGAUGGCGGCGGGGUGGGGGAGUGUUACCAAGGGGUUGGAGUAUACGAAGGCAGGCAAUUAA